AUGACCGGCGCAGCUCCCAUCGACAUCGCCACCCGGCAGACCUCUGUGUCACCCCCAGGACAGCAGGCUUCGAACUUGACGUCGGCUCUACAGCGAGCUGGGAACACAGACCGCACAGGUAGCCUCUCUCACGCUAACGGUGCCGCAAUCAGUAUGUUUAAAGCGCCCCCGCCUCGCAAGGACUCCAUCGGUGCAGCCACCGCACAAUGGGGAAACGGCACAAAACCUAUCUCGGUGUCAGGAUCCAACCGGGAUAAGCAGCGUCGAGAAUCUCUAGCUGGAAGCUUAGUCGGUGGGAUGAGCUGGGGUGGUAUAUCUGUUGGCAGCUGGAUUCGUGAUGAGGAGCAACUCUGGUCGAGAACUGACAGGAAACAAUUUAGUAUUAUUAUGACUGGCACAUCUCCCUUUGCUUUCCAGUCACCCUCGUUCCAUUCUUCUUCGUAUCUCCCGAAACUGGAAGCGAAUUUCAUGAAGGACUUCUCGUGCUGUGGUGUGACACUCCCCACCCUUCACGAUUUGUUACAACAUUAUGAAGAAGCGCAUGCCACAAAGUCAGGGCACCGCCCGAGUCAAGGUGAUAACCGCGCUGCACUUGCCGCUGCAGCGAUCGCGCAGCAACAAAGUCAGCAAAGCAACAACCAGAAUCGCGGCCUUCAACCGAAUCAGAAUUCGGACAUGCAGCGAAAACUGAGCCAGACCCACCCCACUCAGCAACAUUCCGAUAUGGAUACUAUCGACGACAUGGAAUUAGACGAACCCAUGGAUGAUGACACCGCCGCGUCCUCACAACUAUUUUCACCCCAAUCCCAAGGCACGGGCCAGGGAGGAUAUGGCACACCAAAUCGUGGUGUUCCCAAUUUAAACCUCUCGAUGCUCCCAAGACACCAAGGCUUCAAAGGAUCACAGCCUGGAACACCUGUAGCCUCCGCUCGUCCGCUCUCAUUGCAGAAUAACCCCACUGUCUCCUCCGUUAACACCCCCACUCUCAUGGCAAAUCCUCUCCAGAACUCACAGUUCCGCGGAACUCCUGAUUCAUCCACCCCUGGAACUCCUGCAGAACUUGACGACAGCAUGGUCGGUCCAUUUGGGGAUCUAUCCAUGCAAAGCGCCAUGCUGCAGGGCCAGCCACAGUUCUCGAGGUUCACCGGGAAUAAUGACAUGGUCGACCUGUGUAUUGACGAGCCAGCAAAACGGUUAUUCAGCCCCACUGGUGGAAACAGCACCUCGAAUGCCCAUUUCAAACUUAGUGGGGCGCAGUACGGUCCUAAUAGUGAAAUUGCUAGACGAAUUCGUGAGCAACAACUAUUGGCUGGUGUUCCUGAUACCACCGCUCUUCUACCAAAUGAAGAACCCAAACCUUUCCGAUGCCCUGUCAUUGGUUGCGAAAAAGCAUACAAGAACCAGAACGGGUUGAAAUAUCACAAAGGUCAUGGCCACAACAACCAACAACUACACGACAAUGCGGAUGGCACAUUUUCAAUUGUCAAUCCAGAGACAUCGGCACCUUACCCCGGGACUCUUGGUAUGGAGAAAGAAAAGCCAUAUCGCUGUGAGGUCUGCGGCAAGCGUUACAAGAAUCUGAACGGUCUCAAGUACCACAAGUCUCACUCCCCUCCAUGCAAUCCCGAUUUCCAACUUGCGGCAGGUCGUAAUAUGGCCUUCGGUGGAGGAGUGAUGCAAGGGCAGAACAUCAAUGUAGCCGGAGCGGGCCUACCUGGCAUUGGUGAAGAAGGGCUUCUAUAG